AUGUUUCGACAAACCAUUUUGCGAGCACGAUCGCGUCUUUCACCACCGCAAAGUCGUCGGUAUGCAGCACCGACUACGCCUCCACCAAGCACGCAAUCCCGUAUCGCUCGCAUCAACCGCCGCCUCCCCAGAUUUCUGCAUAAACACACGGCGGCUCUUGCUUCUGCACCCGUCUCCCACAUAACAUCUUUUCUAAUCCUGCACGAAAUGACCGCUAUAAUCCCACUCCUCGGCCUUGCGGCGACGUUCCAUUACACGCACUACCUACCGUCAUGGUUUGCAGAAGGCGCUUGGGUGCUCAAUGGUGUUGAACGGUUCGGGAAGUACUUCAGAAGGAAAGGGUGGAUCCGCAGCGGAGAGGCGGAGGAAGCGGAAUUCGAAGUGGAGAUGAGGAGGAGAGACAGGGCGUGGAAUGUGGGCGAAGGGGGCGUGAGACUUGUAGUGGAAUUCGCGACGGCGUAUGCGAUAACAAAAAUGUUGUUGCCGAUCAGGGUUGUGUUGAGUGUUUGGGGAACGCCGUGGUUUGCCAAGCGGACGGUUGUGCCCUUGAUGGGGUGGGCUGGGAAGGUGUUCAAUAGGGGGAAGAAGACGCCGGGAGUUCCGGGUGCGGGGACGGGGGCUGUCGAGGGGGGCAUGUGUUUUGGCGGCAGCGAACGGACUUACACUGCUCGGACCCAUACUGCUACUGGCAAUGGGUACUAUCAAGAUAGAAGAGGUAAUUCGUGCUUCGGUAAUGGCAGACAGCAGCAGUAUACGACUCGCACGCGUGUCGCCAGCGGGAAUCGCUACUAUUCAGAACAGACGCAGCGUUCGAGGCAUGGAGGUCGCUACUAUCCCACGCAGUACUAUGCUCAGCGUCCCUGUGGCCGCUACAUGAGCGGUGCCAUGGCGUACCCAGCUCGCCAUUUGCAGCCAAUUGGGUAUGCACAGCAUGGUCAGCACCAGCACGUCGGAUCCCCUAGAGACGUCGUGCCUCGUUAUGGGGUCGGUCGCUAUUUGCCUGGAGUUCGUGCCACGAUGCCUAACAGCGCUGUAUCGGCCUUCCCAAAGCCGCGCCAUCAGUACAUCUACACGCCUCGCUACGGCCAGCGCGGCUACCUCAGCUAUGCCGGCCAGCAGCCAAACGGCGCAUACCCCACCGGCGUCGUUCCCAAUGGCAUGGGCUACGGCGUCGGCAUGGGCGUUGGCAUGGGCGUCGGUGUCGGUGUCGGUGUCGGCAUGGCUGCCGCCUAUCCUGGGGUAUAUCACACCCCCACCUACUCCUCAUAUCCAUACGGCGCCAACUACUACAGCCCAGCCUACACACAUGCCUCGUAUGGCGGCUAUCACAACUACGGCCUGUAUGGUUCCAUGUAUCCGAUUGCUAACUUCUACUCUCCUUACCAGAGGCCGUUCUACAAUACGGUACCCAACUACGGCUACACUGCUCACGUCUAUCCCCCUGGCCCAACCACUACCACAACGACAUAUCAUGUGGCAAACAGUCAUGCGCACGUUGCUUCGCCCCCCCAAGUCAGAACCGAGACGAGGCAUGCAUGCAACCACAGUCAAGGCCCGACGCGCGAGGACAUCCAGAUGGAGAACCGACGAAUCGCAACGGAGCGUGGUGCAUACGAUGCCCGGAGGAUCAAGCCGGCUGAUGCGCGUGACGACGACCCGUUCUGGUGCAAGGAGCGCAACGGCGAGUGGCACCUGAGGACCUACUACCAGAUCGAGAACGAGUGCUACCCUGGCCGAUGGCUCAUGGAUGCUGAGCUGGGUUUCCUCGUCUUCAACCGUGACUGAGGCUCUCUUCUUUAUCUUGACCCUGGACGACACAAACAGUACAGGAACGACAAAUGUGCGCACAUCUUGGCUCGAUAGCAGCGCGACCUGCUCCAGAUCUAUAAUGCUCCGAUGAUGGAGAUCUCUAAUUGGCGACUCGAACUCGACUCCUUCAGCAUCAUCAUCUCAGUUCUAGACAUAUCAUUGGCUUCUUUUGAUUUGGUCAACUGGUGAUAUCGACUAUCUCACGAACACGGACUUUGUAGUUUUGUGGGCUUUCAAUGGAUGGGUGUGCAAGGUUACGAUGACAUGUCUCACUCCGACGGUCUUCCGGUAGUUGGAGUUCAGAUUCGGAGACAGCGAACGGAUGCGGAUGCGGUAG